GGUCAAAGUGCAGAGGGAGCGAAAGUGCGGAGGUCUAAUAAAUGCACACCAUGAGAAAAGAUCUGUCAGGUUGUCUGCAUGCUGCACGGAUUCGGAUGGCCUGAAAUCCUUCGCCGAUGGAUUUCAGUGACGAAAGUGACAACAUUUGCACACCACCCCCUCCUGCGAGACCUAACCAUCAUGGGAGCCACCAAAGGCCUCCAGAACACAACAGUGAAGACAAUCUAAACGCGUCUCCCCCACCCAAAAGACCUGCUGGUAGAAAGAAAAAGGGUGCCCCUAGCAAGACUCAGAGAAACAGCCCCAGACAAAAGCCUACAAAGUCAAGGAGUUCAAGUAAACCGGUCAGGAAGAAACGCACGAAAGAGUGUCUCGGACCAGCCUACAUCUCCCCUCCCUCAAGCCCAUCCCCACCCCCUGUCAUAGACUCUGCUAACGACCACACACACUCACCUCCACAUACUAUCGAUCCCUCUAGGAAAUUACUGAGUGUAGGAAGCUCAGAUGUUGCCAGAGGAUUAUCAUCGAUUCCUGGAAUAGUCACACCACCUCACAGUAGGGCCACAUGCGAUAGAAACCCUGACAUUCCUCCGAUGGUGGGGCAUCCAGAUAUUUCAGAUUUGUUUCUAGAGCCCCAAGAACAAUCGUCUGCAGAGUAUUACAGGAGUACUCUAAAGUAUGGGGAAGACCUAGGCAGGGAUGAAGAUUCUAGACUCAUUCACAGUGAGAGGGAAAUAUCAGGAGGUUUGUUGAUGACCAAUGAAACAGCUCUACAUACACGUGAUGCUAAUGUCAGUAUUGAUGAUCUGUUUGGAUGAGUUCAUGUGUGCUGUAUCAUCAAUUUAACCACCACUAUGUAUAUACCUGUGCUAUUUUCGUUAGGCCCUCUUGGUAAUGAAUAAGCAAAUGUAU